AUGGUCAAGCGAAUUCAGCGAAACAAAUCUCCACUGACCACUACCCUGGCUCAGCAAAAGAGCAAUGUUGCCAUGUUGACUACACAGGAGCUCGCCAAACUGCAAAAGCUGGAGGAACUACUUGAACCUUGCAGAUAUGUAACUGAACUGCUGGGAGGAGAGCAGUACAUCUCCUGCUCAGUGGUAUUGCCAGCCUUGUGCCACUUGUUCAAAAUUUUGGAGUCCACAGAGGAUGAUCCAGCCUAUGUAGUUAAAUUCAAAAAUGAUUUUACUUCAGACCUAUCUAAAAGGAAGGACAGCACUAAUCUCACAUGGCUGAAGAUCGCUACUGCAAUUGACCCAAGGUUUAAAGACCUAAAGUGUCUUCCCAAAGAUGAAAGGAAUGAGGUGUGGGCUUCACUAAGCAAGCUGUUAAUGGCCCAGAGUCCUGGAAAACAAGAGUCUAAAGAGACAACAGACCAACAGCCACCAAAGAAGAGAAGGAUCUCCGUCUUGCUGGUUUCUUCUGAUUCAGAGUCAGAUGAAGAGGAAGAGUCCAUAGAACAGUGUCUUAACCGCUACAAAGCAGAGCCCAAAUUGCACAUGGAGGGUUGUCCACUACAGUGGUGGAAAAAGAGAGAAGCAACACAUGCAAGGCUGGCACCAAUAGCAUGCAAGUAUCUGUCAACCCCUGCUACAACGGUGCCUUGUGAGAGACUGUUCUCACUCUCAGGUCACAUCAUUCAAAAGAAAAGGGCCACAUUGUCCCCUGAUAAUGUCAACAGACUGGUCUGUCUCAGCAACUGGCUGAAUGUAAAGGAGGACUAA